UGGUCCCUCACUUUGACGAAUUCAUGGACGUGAGCGGUUCUGCUGAAUGGCUUCUUGCUUUUAACGAUGAUACGGUGAAUACUUCAAAAGUUUAACAGCGCUGCCACUCUAUUUUUUCCGUCCACUAGUGCACUGGUAGAUUGGAAGAGCACAAUGGUAGUUAAGUCAUUUUGGAGUUUUUUCCUUUUGGCUUGCGUGUUGCUCUACCCCUUUUACCCCAAGUUUGGGGAAGCAGAGAUAAGUUUUACUAGAUCAAUCGACAGGUUUUAUCACCUGGAGGUAACGCCAUCAGAAAUAAGUAUGACUGGAAAAUUAACGGGGAUCAAAGUCAAGCAAAAAGUCGACGGUAGCUCUGAAGUUUUGACCAGACUCGAAAUGGAACCAGCGGCUGCUUUGAAAGCGAUCAAUGGGGAUCAAGAGAAAAAUGAAACGAUUACUGGAAACAAGACACCUCUCAAAGCAAAAAAUAAUAAUGGUCUUAAAAUACCUGAUAAAAAGUAUGGUAAUAUUUCUGAGGAGCGACGUGGAGCGUAUGCAAUGCCAGAGCGCACUGUUUCUGUCAUGGGAAAGAAAGGAAAAAGAAGUGUGGGAGCAUCAUAUAACGAAAACGUGGAUAGGAGUAUAAGUGGAGAAAUGCAGUCAAGUGAGAGAUUCGUGGAGACUGUCCAAGGUGUUUCCAACUCCAAAGCUGAGUACCGACGCACUGGGGAGGACGCCAGGGGGUCAAACCCGAGGCAAAGUGAGCCUCACCUGGACACUUCUACUUUUGCUCUGUCGGGGGACUCGGCACACAACCAGGCGAUGGUGCACUGGUCUGGCCACAACAGCAGUGUGAUCCUGAUCUUGACUAAGCUCUAUGACUUCAACUUGGGGGCUGUUACUGAGAGUUCACUUUGGAGAUCUGCUGAUUAUGGCAGCACCUACACCAAACUCAAUGACAAAGUGGGUUCAAGGACAGUAUUAAGUUACUUGUAUGUCUGCCCUACCAACAAACAGAAGAUAAUGGUGCUUAGUGACCCAGAGGUAGAGAGCGCUGUUCUCAUCAGCUCAGAUGAAGGGGCAAGCUAUGAGAAGUAUCCCAUUAAUUUCAACAUCCUGAGCCUCCUCUUCCAUCCUGCACAGGAGAACUGGAUACUGGCUUACAGUCAUGACAACAAGCUGUACAGUUCAAUGGACUUUGGAAGGAAGUGGCAGUUUGUCCAUGACAAUGUGAUGCCAGGCAGAUUUUACUGGGCGGUAAUGGGGCUGGACAGAGAAUCUGAUGUGGUCCACAUCGAGACACGCAUUGCAAAAGGCCGUGCUCUGUAUGUGAAGUGCAGAGCCCAAAGAUGCACAGAGGGCAACAGACAGUAUCUCUUCCCUGGACAUGUAGACACCAACUCACUAGUUGUGCAGGAUGAAUAUGUUUUCACACAGGUUACCAAGUCAGGACGAGCCAGCUAUUUUGUCUCCUACAUGAGAGAAUCCUUCAAGCAAAUGGAAUUACCAAAAUAUUGUCUCCCUAAGGACAUGCAUAUCAUCAGCACAUACGAGAAGCAGGUAUUUGCUGCUGUCCAGGAGUGGAAUCAGAACAACACUUACAGCUUAUAUAUCUCAGACUCCCCUGGGGUUUAUUUCAUCCUUUCAUUAGAGAAUCUGAGAACCAGCAGAGGACCUGCCGGUAACCUACUGGUCGACUUUUAUAAGGUUGAGGGGAUAAACGGCAUGUAUCUUGCCAACAAACUGGUGGAUAAUCACAUCAAGACUUAUAUUACAUACAACAAGGGACAAACAUGGGCCCUGCUGCCUGCUCCUGCCACCGAUGUGGCUGGGAAUAACCUUCACUGUAUUCUGCCAUUUUGUUCACUUCAUCUUCAUCUGGAAAUGUCGGAGAAUCCUUAUACAUCUGGACCCAUCACCAGCAAAAAGUCUGUACCAGGAAUCAUUGUUGCCACAGGGAAUAUUGGAACAGAGCUGUCCUCCGCCAACCUUGGGAUGUUUAUAACAUCUGAUGCAGGAAAUAGCUGGAGACAGAUUUUUGAUGAAGAGUACAACAUUUGGUUUCUGGACAAUGGGGGGGCUUUGCUAGCUGUACAACAUGCAGCAACACCCAUUCGACACCUAUGGAUCAGUCUAGAUGAAGGAAAGAAAUGGGAUCGCCACAGUUUCUCCUUGGCCCCUCUGUAUGUGGAUGGAGUUUUAAUGGAACCAGAAUCUGACAAUCACAUUAUCACUUUCUUUGGACACUUCAGUCAUCGGUCAGAAUGGCAAUUGAUCAAGAUAGACUACAAGGGCAUCUUCAGCAGGAGAUGCAUGGAUGGAGAUUAUCAAACAUGGUACCUACAUAAUAAGGGAGAGCUGUGUGUGAUGGGUGAGAAGCAGAUAUAUAUGAAGCGCAGACCAGGCAACCGUUGCAUGCUGGCACAAGACUAUUCCAGGAUCUACUCCUCAGAACCAUGCCUCUGCACAUCCUAUGAUUUUGAAUGUGAUUAUGGUUGGGAACGCCAGACGGAUGGGAAGUGCUCUCCUGCUUUUUGGUUUAAUCCAAAUGGCGCGACUAAAAGCUGCAGCACCAGCCAAAGCUUCCUUAACAGCACAGGGUAUCGGAGGGUUUUGUCCAAUAACUGUAAGGAGAGACAAAGGAACACAUACUCACCUAAGAGGGAGGCAUGUCGGCCCAGGGCACCCAGAGGCCUCCGACUUUCCACCAGUCACGGAGAGUUCAGUGCAGCUGUUGGAAGCAAUGUUACUUUCAUGAUCUACCUUGCUGAUGGAGACUCGCUGAGCACCAGCAUCCAGCUAGACUUUGGGGAUGGCAUCAAGAUCGCAUAUUCUAACCUGAGCAGGACGGAUGAUGGCAUCAAGCACAUCUACAGAACGACUGGGAUUUACCGAGUGACAGCUUUUGCAGAAAACAGCCAGGGAUCUGACAGCAGCACGCUGUUUUUACACAUCACCAGUCCAGUGGAGCAUGUGUAUCUCUCCGCUCCUAUAGUAGCCAUCAGGGGGAAGGCAGCUAAUCUGACUGCAGUGGUUUGGCCGAGCCAUACUAGAACACUGACCUUCUUUUGGUGGUUUAACAACAGCUCUGAGCCCAUUAUAACAUUAGACGGAAGCAUCUCUCACACGUUUCACAAUGAGGGAAAUAACAAGGUCACAGUCCAGGUUGCUUGUGGAGGCACUGUAAUGCAGGACGCAAAAGUUAUAAUUGUUAAAGAGUUCUUCAGGUCACUGCUGUUGUCGUUUUCACCAGCUCUUGAUGAGCACAAUCCUGACAUCCCCGAGUGGAGGGAGGACAUAGGCCGUGUGGUGCGAACAGCUCUGUCACAGGUGUCUGGGGUUGCUGAAGAGCAGCUGAUGGUGUCUCUGUACCCGGGACUUCCAACGACAGCAGAGCUCUUUAUUCUGCCUGAUAAGCAUACACCAAGUGAGCACAAGAGAAGAAACGAGGAGGCACUGGGAACGAUAUCAGAUAUUUUUGUCACUGCUCUGAACCAAGGCCUGAUCCGCUUUGAGUUGAAGCCUGAUAUCCACAUUAUUGUGUACAUGACUCAACAGACCUUGGCCCCUCUUGUAGAUUCAAACUCCAUUCAUAGUGGGUCGGCCAUGCUGAUGCUUCUCAGUGUUGUGUUUGUUGGUUUAGCUGCAUUCUUCAUCUACAAGUUCAAAAGGAAAAUUCCUUGGAUCCAUGUGCAGACUGAGGACAGCCAUGAAAAGGAGCCAGAGGUGAUAAGUACAGUGGGUCAGAACAACACCAUGUCCAAGGUCAAGCUCAGUGAGUUCCCUUCUCAGAAAGAACUCAUGGAAAAGGAGCUGGAGGGCAGGAGCAGAGGAGGAUUUGGAAGAAAUAUGGAAAGAAUUGUCACACGGGAAUUUCCAAACUGUACUAAUGUCUAAAACAUGAACUCUGUAACUAAGUAAGUAGAGGUUGUUGUGUUUCACUUGUGCUGAAAUUGUUUGUUAUGUUGGCAUUGUUUAUUGAUUUAUUUCAUGCUAAUAGCUGCUAUCGUUGAGUUAUUUAUUCAACUCACAUGUACAGGGAAAGUAGUUUACAGUAUUUGAAUAAAGUAGUUCACAGUAUUUGAGUAGGACUGAUCCACCGAGCCAGGGCCUCCAGUUCCAGCGUGCUGAAAGUAGCUCAUAAUACCGUUACCACUGCCAUGGAUUGCACAUGGCAAAUAUUUUAUGAAUAAUUAGAUGAUGUGCACAUUUGAAAACUUUUUACUUGCUUUGAUACAUCUGUAAGGUUCUUUUUUAGGCAGAUAUAAAGAUAGCAGGCACUUAAAAUAAAUAGCCUACAUCUUCUAUAGAAAAUAGGUGGAAAAAAAUAUUGGAAUGUACAUAAGUACCACUGACUUCCAGGUAGCACAAGAGAAAGAAUGUAUAGGUUUUAUUCUAUUAUGUAAUACAAAAUUAUAUAAAGAUAUAUGGUUCUCAAGGAAUAUUACAAUAAUAUUACAUUGGGCUUGAAAUAAAAAAAAAAAUAUGUGUUUCUAUUUUACAGGACUUGUUGACAAUGUUUUCUUAUUAUUUAUCACAACUUGGUUCAAGCUAUCAAAUCUAACAAGUGUAGCCAUUUUGUUUUUAUUUUGUCAACAAGUGUGUCUGUAUUAUUUCUAUCCUAAUCAGAUAUUAUAAGCAAAACAUUAGCUAAACACAUCCAACUCUGCCCCCAUGACACAGAGAUGUAAUUCAUUCUUUAUGUGAAGUUUUGCAAUCACAGGGUUUAACAAGGCUUUUAGAGCACCAAUGCUAGAGCUCUUUGUGUUGUUCCUGUCACACACGUGUAAGAAUGUUAAAAUUUGACCAUUGUAAAUGUUUAAAAAAGAGAAAAAAUGUUGUGGUUUUGCUCUGUAAGACUACACGGUGCUUUUUAUUACAGUUUCUUAAUUGAUGAAAGUCUGGCCUUAAAGGGGAAUGUUGAUAAUUUGUAAAUAAAAUAAGAUGGGAUUCAGUAGCUUCAUCCUACUUCGUUGUAAAAUUGUCCCACCUAACAAGCAGUCAUGUGUUUCUAUAACUUUUGGCCCUACAACAAACUGUAUGUCAUCUUUGUUUGAUUUACUUUUUUUACUUUUUUUACACUAGCAUGCCCUAAUUAUCUGUGGUCAAAGACUAUAUGGGGGUGAGUGAGUACUGUAAAUAUAUUAUGGUGACUUUAAAGUUUACUCAACACAUUAAACAAAUUAUUAAAACCUUGUGUAAUGGUCUAGUUGUGCUGUUGCUCAAAAGUUGUGCAUGAUAUGAUCUAUGAUGUUGUUUCUUUUUGUCAACUAUAUGAGAAUCGUCCUGUUUUGAAUCACAUUUCUUACUGUGAACAAAUUACCACUUUGAAAUUGUUCAAAAAUAAAUGUAUUUUUGUAUGGAA